UCCUUAUAAUCCAAGCCAAGCAAAGCACCUCCCAAUCCCCAAAGCAUUUGCUAGCUUUUGCAUAAGCCAUUAGCCGUCGUAUUGUAGGGACAAAAGGAGAAGGAAAAAGGAAAUAACUGAUGGGACAGAACGUGUCUUCCGGAGAUUGCAACGACUGGGCUCCUGCGAAGGCGAGCCGUGUCAUGGAGUUUCACUCCAAAUCUCGAUGGGAUGAGCACAACGACUGGGCUCCUGCGAAGGCGAGCCGUGUCAUGGAGUUUCACUCCAAAUCUCGAUGGGAUGAGCACAACGACUGGGCUCCUGCGAAGGCGAGCCGUGUCAUGGAGUUUCACUCCAAAUCUCGAUGGGAUGAGCAUUUCGAAGCGUCGAAAGGGAACAACAAGCUGAUGGUGAUCGACUUCACCGCCACGUGGUGCGGACCUUGCCGCAGGAUGGAGCCGACGAUCGACGAGCUCGCAGAAACGUUCGCUGACGUCGACUUCAUCAAGAUCGACGUCGAUGAGUUAAUGAAUGUGGCGAGGCAAUAUGAGGUGCAAGCGAUGCCAACAUUCUUGCUGAUGAAGAACGGGAAGGUGGUGGACGAAGUGAUUGGCGCCAAGAAGGAUGAGCUCAGGAACAAGAUUGAGCAAAACUGCAACAAGUCACAACCAUACCUUCAGAGCAAUUCGCACCACUAUGCAAUCUGACCGCCGCCUCCUCAGUCGACAAAAGUAUGAUCGGCCUGUGCCUUCCACAGAUAAAUAAGAUCGCGUUUCUGACCCAAAAAGAAAAGAAAAGAAAAGAAAAGAAAAGAAAAGAUCGUGUUUCUCUCUCUUGCUUUUAAUAUUUUUUCUUGGAGUCGGUUGCUAAGAAACAGAUGAGACACGGGCAUAUUCACUGCCAAAGAUCAUGCUUGAAUAAUAAUCAUCUUCCAUGA